AUGUCCGACGUAGCAGACUCCCAGAUCAAGCCCUGGGCCCGUCCAGAACCCAAAGGCUACCUUUUCAAAAAUGCCAAUGUCGUCGACGUUCAAGCGGGGAAGAUUUUGAAGGACUCGACUGUGAUCACCCGGGAAGGCAAAAUCCAAUCAGUUUCUUCAUCAUUGCCAAAGCCCCUUCCAACCGACCUGACGAUCAUCGACUGUGAAGGCCGCUACCUCUGCCCAGGUCUGUUUGACGCUCAUGUUCAUCUCUGCGCCGUACCUGGAUUCAGUGAUCUUUCCAAAGCCUUUGGAAACCCCAACGAUGUCCACUUGCUCCGGCAGCCCUACACCGCUGCCCAGAUGCUGCAUCGUGGUUUCACCAGCAUCCGAGAUUGUGGCGGAGCACAACUAGCCUUGAAAGAAGCCAUCGAGGAUGGUGUAUUCCCUGGACCACGUGUGUUUAUUUCCGGCCAUGCCCUGUCCCAAUUCGGUGGGCACGGCGAUCUGCGCGGAUCACACGAGCCCACUGAAUGCUGUGGAGGGAACCAUAGCAAUAACCACCUGGGACGCAUGUGCAACGGUGUCCCCGAGUGCAUGGCUGCCGUGCGCGAGGAAAUCCGCUGUGGAGCAGACUUCAUCAAAAUUAUGGGUUCUGGCGGUGUGGCAUCCCCAACGGACAAGUUAGAGCAUUUGCAGUUCACAUCGGGCGAGAUUCAAGCGAUGGUGGAGUGCGCUAAUAAUGCGGGAACUUUUGUCACUGCCCACGCUUAUACGGUGAAGGCUAUCAGGCACUGUAUUGACAACGGCGUCAAAGGCAUUGAGCAUGGCAACUUCGUGGAUGCGCCGACCGCCAAGAUGAUGGCACACAAGGGUGUGUACCUGACACCCACCCUGAUUGCAUAUGCGCAGAUGGCGUCGGAGCAGUGGAAGGGGUACUUGCCACCCGAGUCUCAGGCAAAGAACUCACAAGUGCUCAAGUCCGGUCUCGCAGCCUUGAAGAUUGCUGCCGAAGCGGGUGUCACAAUGUGCUAUGGCUCUGAUUUGCUUGGUCCGCUGGGCUCGGCUCAGACACACGAGUUUGCCCUACGGUCGCAGGUCUUGAAGCCAUUGCAGAUUCUUCGCAGUGCAACAAUCAAUCCUGCCAAGAUGAUGGGGUGGGAGGAUGCGAUCGGUCAAAUCAAAGAGGGAUUCCAUGCCGAUGUCGUUAUGUUGAGCAAGAAUCCUUUGGAGGAUGUGACUAUAUUUGAUGAACCGGAACAAUAUGUUUUGGGUGUUAUGAAGGAUGGUCGCGUGUAUAAGAGUCGCUGGGUAGCUUUGCCUGAGGAUUCUGAAAUUCCUGUGAGAGUGAAGUAUAAUUAA